UUGUAUGGUAUUGAUCAAAAAGUUUUGUGAGUACUCUUUAUUAAAAUAUCAUACUGUUAGCUUAGCAACAUGCUAAUUGAAAACCAUUGAAACCAAUUGCAAGUCUUUGUGUGGCACACAGGGUUGCUGCCUAUGUCAAGCUUUCUAAAUCGGUCUCUUAUGACAUUCUGUGAUGUUUUGAAUGCUGCCUUAAAAGGCAGUUGGCAGUGUGGCAGCUCACUACAUUUUGAAACGGCGCUACAGGGGAGUGACACGGAGUCAGAAAAGGGCGUGGCUUCUGAAUCAAAGGCAGAGCUUGAGAAACUGGGUGGUCCUGAGCGUCACAGGCUGUUGAAGGAGGUGGAUCCUGACAUGGCAGCCAUAUUGCACCCUCAUGAUGCACGCAAGAUUGCAAAGGAUCGAGUCUCUCAAGCAGGUGACCCGCCGCUACGCCCGAAAACAGAACAAAUGGUUCCGCAACCGAUUCCUCAAGA